UCGAGGUUGACAUGGCUCAUGUGCGCGUAUUACGGACUAGUGGUGCAAUUUUAUUGUUGUUUCUAAUACAAAAUACGCUCGCCGUGUCCCCGCCAUGGAUAUUAUCUGUCGAUGUGAAAAAUUACACGUGUUCUGAAAUCGUAUGUGAUUAUUUGUUGCGAGUGAAUGGGGAGUUUCGUUCUUGGUCGUUAACCUCUGAGCCCGGCGAUUUGUGUUACUUUAUUUCAAACAUAAAUCCUGUUGGUAUUGAUGUUAAAUUACAAGUUGAUAAGUCUCAAACGCUUUACUUCUGUGCGGAAGGUGACGAUGGUGGGUGGUACCAGCAGGAAUUCUAUUUGGGUGGCAGUGACGUCAUCUCGCGUAAGGAACGGCUAUCGGACAAUGAAGUCGAAGAUACGCCUCGUGGAGAGGUAGACGAUCUCAUCGAAGAUGCAAAAGCUAAGACAUUUUACAGAGAUUUAGCCGUGAACAAAUAUGGCGACGAAGCUGAGGACGUUAUCGUCGAAACAUUCUCAUACGAGAAUCCCAAUGACAAAUUCGCUAGGAUCAGACGUCAAGUUGAAGAAGACGUCAAUGCGACAACACCAGAACUUGAAACUGCAUCAGAAUCUAGCCUGGGUGCUAAAGUUAAAGUCUUUAGUAAUGCUACUCUUAAAGUCAUGGGUUUGAGGAUAGAGGAGUCUAAGAAAGAACCGAAAAUCGUAGAUGAAAUGAUACCAAGUGUUCUGAGAGAAACAUUGUUCACGAUGCGGCUGUUCGGUGAAGGGUUCACGGACGAGACUGUUAUAGCGUUCACCCAUGUGCCUGAAGUUUACGGCACACCUUGCCAUUUCCUGCUGAACGGAGAGUAUAAGGUUAAAUUAGCGGAUACGAACUCAGCCCUCUUCGAAUUGAUCGCUCCACCUCCACUAGAGGACUACAAAUUCUAUAUUUGCGCGAAGAGAUCACCCAACGAAGACUUCGUCCAUCAAGGCCAGGAGAAGUGGAAGAUUUUGGGUACUCACAACAAACUGUUACCUCUGUGGGCUUCCUUGAUUUUAAUUGUGAUUUUACUGAUGUUGGCGUCACUGUUCUCUGGAUUGAACCUUGGUCUGAUGGCAUUGGACAGGACCGAGUUGAAGAUUAUAGCGAACACGGGUACGGAUAAGGAGAGAAAGUACGCUAGAGCAAUCAUGCCUGUACGAUCUCAUGGAAACUACCUCCUUUGUACGAUUCUGCUGAGUAACGUCGCCGUGAACAGUACGUUUACUGUGAUUCUGGACGAUUUAACAUCUGGUCUGGUGGCUGUUAUUGGCUCGACUCUGGCGAUCGUCUUCAUUGCGGAGAUCACGCCGCAGGCGAUAUGCGCGAGACACGGUUUACUGGUCGGUGCGAAGAGUAUUUGGAUAAUGAAGAUCGUGAUGGGUAUAUGCGCCCCACUGGCUUGGCCGACCAGCAAACUUUUGGACUACUUCUUAGGCGAAGAGAUCGGUACACACUACAACAGGGAGAGGCUAAAGGAACUUGUUAAGGUAACUAACCACGUGAACGAUCUGGAUAAAGAAGAAGUGAACAUCAUCUCUGGUGCUCUCGACCUUCGCAAGAAGACAGUGAAGGACGUGAUGACCAAGCUCAAGGACUGCUACAUGUUGCCCAUAAACAGUGUGAUGGACUUCGAAACUUUGACUGAGAUCGUAAAAUCUGGUUACUCCCGAAUCCCGGUGUACGAGGGUAACCGCGGCAACAUAGUGACGGUGCUGUUCAUCAAGGACCUGGCGUUCGUCGAUCCCGACGACAACACGCCGCUGAGGACGCUCUGCCAGUACUACCAGAACCCUUGCAACUUCGUCUUCGAGGACGUCACCCUGGAUGUUAUGUUAAAGCAGUUUAAGGAAGGUCACAAAGGACAUAUGGCAUUCGUCCAACGUAUAGAGGAGGGCGACGGUGACCCUGUAUACGAAACGAUAGGGUUGCUCACGCUGGAGGACGUCAUCGAAGAGAUGAUCCAGGCGGAGAUCGUCGACGAGAGUGACGUCAUCAGCGACAACCGCACCAAGAAGCGGCUGAUGCGGCCCAUGAACAAGCUGCACGACAUCGCGUCGUUCGCCGGCCACCAGCACCAGCGCGUGCACGUGUCGCCGCAGCUCGUGCUCGCCACCUUCCAGUUCCUCAGCACCAGUGUCGAUCCGUUCCGUGCGGAUAUGAUCUCGGAGACGGUGCUGCGUCGUCUGCUCAAGCAAGACGUCAUCCAGCACAUCAAGCUCCGAGGUGACGAGGACAAGAACGAUCCCAAGAGAUACGUCUUCCAGGAGGGAAAAUCGGUGGAUUACUUCGUGCUGAUUCUAGAGGGUCGUGUAGAGGUGACGGUGGGGCGGGAGAACCUGGUGUUCGAAGCUGGACCGUUCACGUACUUUGGAGUGCAGGCGUUGACUCAGAACGUCGGUCUCGCCGAGUCACCCGCGCCGUCCACGCUGGGCUCGCUGCAGAAUCUGAACAUGGACUCCAUGCUGCGUCACACCUUCGUGCCGGACUACUCCGUGCGCGCCAUCGCCGAGCUGUACUACCUCACCAUCAAAAGAUCAAUGUACUUAGCGGCCAAGCGCGCUACGUUGAUGGAGAAGGGCGCCCUCAACAAGGGGGGCACCAACGAGCAGAUCGAGCCGGAAGUUGAUAAGUUACUCCGUGAGGGCGACAAACUCGAUGAGAUCGUUGAAAAUCAAAACGAGAAAUCGCCGUCUAAACAGUCACCACCAAUAUCAGCCAGCCCAAACACCAACUCCAAAUUCAAAGCUCGCGGCAAGUUCGAGAAAAAUCCUGAAGAAGAGAAACUCCUCAAGAAGUAAAACUAAAAAAUAUUAGAAGACGACAGGCAACACUGCCAUAACUACAAUUUAUGACAAUUUCGCGGUGAAAGCUUAAUAUCGUAUAAAAUAUUUUUCAAUUUUACGUAAGUUUAAAGUUUUUUCUGUUAGUAUUUAAUAUGCAUUUGUUGCGUUAACAAUUUAGCUUUAGGAGUAGGCUUAGGAGAUUACAGUACUUAUUUCGUGUUUUAUAUGGCAACAUUCGUUUGCCACUGUUUGCGUGAGACGUUUUUUGCGUUUUAAUCAUCUGUAAAAUUCAAAAACAUCACACACUAUUAUGAAAUAUUGUAAAAUAAUUUUAAUCCAAAAUACAAAACCAGUACACUUUUGGCCAACAAGUUAGGCCAACGUUGGGUUGGAUCAUAAUUGACAAGUGAACACCUUGGCGUUCUUCAUUCGGCAUUGGUUAGCAAUGUCUAAUAACUAUUUAUACAGCGCGUAUUAUACGAGAGAUAUAAUAACACGAAUCUAUGCUUAAUGAGUUAAAAAAAAAAAAAACAAAUAAUUAAAUUUCCUAAUAUUAAUGAAUAUCAUCAGCUAUAUGAAGAUAUAAGCUCUUGAACAAUAUCAGUAUCCCUUAAUAGCGCAUAGGCAUAGAGCGACAACUCUUUGAAACGUGGCUGGUCAGUCAGCGCCAAUGACAAAUGUUGGCCCAACGUGUAUAAGCCCUUAAAAUGUCCUUUUUUUUAGCAUUUUUGUAUCUGUCGAAUCUUAUUAACAAUUUUUUUGUUGGAAACGCAAACAUGUCGCCACAUCCCUAAUUACGUGUUUAAUUUACAUUUUUUAUACAUUGCUAAUUGUUGUUUACGCAAUUUAUAUAGUAUAUGAGAUAAUUGUAGUAUAUGAAUGUUACUAUAGAUUAUAAAAAAAGAUUCAAUCGUACAAAUUCGGUCCAUCUUUAAAUUUGUCAUCCAUUCGUUCAUUUUUUAAAUGACGUUGCUCUUUUAUAACCUGUACUUUUUAAUAUAUUACGCCUCGUGUUAUAAUCACAAAGUGAUUUAAAAAAUCGUGCAAUUCUAGAUAAAUCUAUUUUUAUCAAAACAUUUAUAAGAACAUCAUUAUUACAUUGUUGAUUCUUUUAUAGAUUAGAUUAAAUUAUAUAAUGUCUGAGUGCACUGUGUUCCUUGUCCAAGUCGUGCCUUAUUAUAUUAAAAAAAAAAAACACCGGUGCUCUUCCGUUUAGAAAUCCCAAUCUACCUGCUAAG